CUGCAGUCGUAUUUUGUAAGUAGGUAGUAACAGCAUUCUAGUUUAUAAGUGCUUAAAUUUAAUAUCAAAGCAUGCCUGCAAGUGUGACAUCCGUACCCGAACCAAACAAAGAAAAUGAACAAGAGAAAUUCGAGCGUGCAGAUGUGCAUGUUUUUGUAAACAGCAGCGAAGAAGAGGAAAUCGACGACGAAAAUAUCCCAACAGGUUAUCAGCCAUUAAACGCUGUUGCCGAUCAAUUGGAUAUCAGUUCUGAUGAAGAAGGUAGCAGUUCUGAUGAUAAUAAUGAACAGUCUGUAGAAACGGCAGCUGAAUCGUUAGAAACAGAAGCGCUGUCUAUUAAUACAGACCUCAUACGUGACGUAAUGAAAAACAUCAAACUUGACGAAUCAAAAAUUCCGAAAUGGGCGGUCGAAAUUUCUGAUUCGAAGUGGAAUGAAGUUGUAAAACAAACGAUAACAACCGUUGGCGAAACUGAAAAUGUCGGCACAAGCGCAAAUGAUGUUUGAAUAAUAUAUUGUUCAUAUUUACAGCAGUUGCUUUCAUUUCUAGUUUUUGACUUUGAGUCAAAGACAUUCUAGCCAAAAAGUGUUGAAUUUCAGCAGUUAUAUUUCAGUUUUAAAAGAAAUAACAAUAUGUAUACUUAUAUCAUAGUAACACCAAAUCCCCCCAUUCUUGCGUUAUAAUGUUUAACUUUUUUAUUGCAAUAUUCAUAUUUAAAAUAUCUGCUCUGCUAAUGUAUGUGGCAUGGGUAAAAUAAUGUGCCUAUAGUAGUUUGUUCUUUGUCGCUUUUACUUUUUUUUAAUCAAACAUGCUGAACUUAAUUGUAUGUUACUCUGUUCACAAUUAAGUUUUUAUUAUUUUGUUAAUUCUGCCAACAGGCAUAAUGUAAAACUAUCUUUUACCAGCUAAUCUAGUUUCAAAAACGUAAUCUAUUUCUGACGUUUUCCUGGUAUAUGUCUUGCUGAAAGGCAGUUGAAACUUUGAAAAAAAAUUUUAUGCUAGAUGAGCCACUAAAGUCUGUAUUCCAUGUAAAGAAAUAUUCAUAUUUAAAUAUUGGACAAAUUA